UGAUUUUUUUACAAAACUUGUUUUGUAGGUAUGACUCAAACAUUGAUACAAAGAUGACUCUUUUAAAAUUCACAGACGUUAAUCGAAAACCCAUAGGCAUGAUCAACUGGUUCGCCGUUCAUUGUACCAGUAUGAACAACACAAAUGAUUUGAUUAGUAGUGACAAUAAGGGUUAUGCAUCUUUGCUUUUUGAGAAGAAAAUGAAUCAAAACGCUCUUCUUGGAAAAGGUCCAUUUGUAGCGGCAUUUGCUCAAGCAAACGAGGGUGAUGUUUCGCCAAAUACGAAUGGUCCUAAAUGUAUAGAUACAGGAUUGCCAUGUGAUCAGGACACCAGCACAUGCAAUGGCGAAGUAAAACACUUUUACAUAUGUCUUAAAAUACUCAAUAACUUGUAAAAUACUAUAAUUAAUGAUUUAAAAACCAU